AUGCUAGGAUUCCAGCGGCCGGCGUCUGAAGUCGAUUUGUCAAUCGAUACAAAUUUUCUUGGAUCCGCUCUGGAUGCUGAUAACGAUCACUCGUCAUCACCAUCCAACAAUCAAGAAACACCCAGAAUUGGGUUGUUCGCGGAAGGCAGUUUUCCCUCGGAGACUAGAUCUAGUGGGUUCCAUAUCCAACAACGCCAUAGCCUGUUUGAAAAUCGCAAUACAGAAAUACUCGAUAUGACUAUGUCAACAGCGCUCAUACAGCAAAAUCGACAGUUAUCCUCCCCAAUCCCGAAGGAGCCUUUCAAUAUCCCAACGUCACUCUCUGAAUACUUCUUCCGCGAGGUCAUCACGCUCUACUGCGCAUGGGACAGCAAGUCGAACGUCAUGCGCAACAUCAUCGAAACCUCGUGGCAGUCUUCCGGUGCUCUCUACCACACUAUUCAAAGCAUGUCGGCAGCUUGUCUGUCGGAAGACUUCCCGCACCUUUUGCCUAUUGCGCGCCGCGAGCACGCACAAGCAUUGAAGCUCCUGCGUCAGGACUCUCUACCGACACACAAGCAAGCCAUGCUACUCGCCUCUCAAUUACUGGGCCACACAUCCAGUUGGCUCACUCCGCAGAACCUCGCCACAGACAUGUUCAGAACAAGCUGCGAUAUCCUUCAAGACGUCAUGCUUGACACGGGCAGAGACGCUACCAUCUCGUUUUUCAGCGACACUAUGGACUAUUGGGCAAUGCUGCUGGCCUAUCUAACAGACAGCCAUCAGCUGGGCAAUUGCGAUCGAAACUCUCCGUUUGGGCCGGCGGAGUCCGCCAAGUCCAAGUCGGAAGAACCACAUCCAUAUUCUGGUAUCUCCCGAGACACGGUCAAAAUACUCGCCGACAUUGGCGUCCUGGUCUUUCAGUACCGAAAGCGAAUCUCAAAAGUCAAAUUUCUGACCGAAAACGACAUUGAUGUGUUUAGAACCGCACUUAGGGAGGCACGUAAACUCGAGCGCGUACUGUUAGCCCACCGCUCACCGGACCUAUCCCAAGUCAAGGACCCGGGUGACCCGAAAACACCGCUGAGGCACUUGCAACUCAUAGACGAGGCAUACAGAUGCACGGGACUUCUGCAACUCUAUCGUGUGUUCCCCGACUUACUCAACGAACGGUACGCUCCGUGGGACAAAGACUAUUUACUUCGACCACUGCCAUCCGACAAGACACCAACCGCGCAGGAGAGGCAGACAUGGUUGACCAAGCUCGCAAUGCACAUCUUGGGUAUUUUGAGAGAGAUACCGUUUGAAUCUCGGACGCGCAGCGCGCAGCCAUUCAUCAUGGUUGCUUGCUCAAGCGAGUUAAGGAGAAAUCCACAGCACUUGCAAUCAGCAUCUGUGGCUGCGGGCGACUUGGAUGUGUUGGCAAUUGACCCGGCUUCCAUCGAGGUUGCCCGGGCUCGGAAGUUUGUGCUGUCGCGACUGGCUGCUUACACGCACAUACUACCUCUGAGGAAGAGUCGAGUGAUAUCUGAGUUGAUUGAUCAGAUCUGGUCGGCGUUGGACAGUGGAAGUACUGAUGUUUACUGGCUGGACGUGGCUCAUGAGAAGAACUUGGGAACAAUGAUGGGAUGA